AUGGCGAUGAGUGACACUGGCUCGAGCUUCGCCAACUGGACCGACGACCUCUACCGCUACGACACGCCCAGCCUGGGCGGCGCCGCGGCGGACUCGACGAUCGUCGCCGCCUCCGCGACGCCGACGAGCCCGGCGUCGGCGGGGUCCGGCGACGGGAGCCCGUCCCGGGCGGCGGGCGGGGCCCUGGGCCCGCGGGUGGCGGGCAAGCCGGCGGCGAGGAAGCGGGCCCGGGCGUCGCGCCGGGCGCCCGUGACGCUGCUCAACACGGACGCCAGCAACUUCCGCGCCAUGGUGCAGCAGUUCACCGGCAUCCCCUCCGCCCCCGCCGGCCCGUUCUCCGGCACGCCGGUCAUCAGCUUCGGCGGGGCAUCCGGCUACGGCUUCGCGCCGCCGCCGCAGCAGCAGCAGCAGCAGCCGGCGGCCGCCCUGUCCUUCGACCACCACCACCUCCACCAGCGGCAGCAGUACACCGGCGCGGCAUUCGGCUACGGCGGCAGCCACCUGCAGCACUCCCUCUCCGGCGGCGACGCGUUCGCGCACGGGCUCGGCGCCGCGGAGGACCGGAUGCUCCUCCAGAGCAUGCAGGCGGCGCAGAUGCCCGGGGCGCGCGCCGCUCACAACAGCGCCAAUGGCUACUUUGCUUGA